AUGGAUAAACUUGUUGAUGCGCACUGUCAUAUCAUCACCGACCCAAACGAUACACUCGGUGGUGAUGAUGGAGCGUCCCAUGGUAUGUUGCGAUGCGUCAUGUCAUCAAACCCAUACGACUGGAACAAAUUGAAGAAAAUGGCUGGUAACAGCAGAAGGAAAGAUGGUUUAUGCGUUGGAUUUGGCGUUCAUCCUUGGUACAGUCACUUAUUUUAUGUGGGAGAUCGAUGCGACAAGGUUUCUCACUACCAAGAUGUAUUGGAAUAUAAGAACGAAGAACAGUUCGCCAGUUUGGUUCAGGUGCUUCCUGAUCCUCUAGAUCUUGAAGAGUAUAUAGAUAGAGAGUUUAAUGACACGUUAGUUAGUGUGAUUGGAGAGGUCGGUCUUGAUAAGCUCUUUAGACUUCCCGCGAAUGGCUUCUACAUGCAGAACGAGAAGGCCAGACUAACAACAGUGAAGGUCAAGCUAUCGCAUCAAGAAAUAGUUUUCAGGCGAUUUUGCCGGCUGGCAAGGCACACAAGCAAGUCCAUUUCUAUACACGAUGUAAAGUGCCAUGGGAAGCUAAACGAUAUCUGCAAUGAAGAACUCUUGCCAUAUCACUCUGUCAAGAUAUGUUUGCAUUCAUACACAGGGUCCAAGGAGACGCUUUUGGGUCAAUGGCUCAAGAAGUUUCCUUCGGAUCGUAUCUUCGUAAGCCUAUCCAAAUGGAUUAAUUUCAAGAACCCAGAAGAGGGAGAUGACCUGGUUAGGAGCUUGCCCCCAGCGUGCAUACUUACUGAAACCGACUACCCCAUUGACAACCCAGAUCCGUCAUACCAAAGGGCCCUCACAGAUCAGCUGCAGUAUUUGAAUGCACAAAUCGCACGAGCAUGGGACGGGAACCUGGAUGCCUCACAAACCGCUUUGCGUAUAUAUGAGAAUUUUUGGAAAUUUAUCAAGUGA